AUGGUAGCUUGUAAUCGUCGUAUUUUAUACAUUGGUAUUCUUGUGUGUUUCUUAGCCUGGUUUACUAUUUUUCCAUCUGCUUCAUGGCCAAAAUCUCCAUCAAACCUUGAUAUAUUUCUGAGUACCACUAUAUGUGGUCGCCUUAUUCAACAUCCAAACUUAACAUUAACAACAAAUGAAUCGAUACAAUUAGAACAUCAGAUACAAACAUAUUUUUCGUUUCCAAAAGACUGUAGUAUAUAUACCAGUCAAAGAACAUUUUCAUCUGAAGAAUUAACAUAUCCUUUAGCUUUCACCAUUCUUAUUCAUACAAACCUUGAUCAAUUUGAUUUUC